UGAUUCACGCGUAUCACGAGCACCUGACGCAAAACAUUCCCAACUUUACGAACUGAAAGCAGUCAAUUUUCUCGGUUUAGAUUUUCUCUUUUUGGAAGCAAAAUGUUCAGAAAGAAGCCAAACGAGAAAGAAGUGAUGAGGAAAGUAGACAGAGAUCUGAAGAACACACAACGGGGCUUGGAACGAGACCGAGCCAAACUAGAACGAGAAGAACAGAAAAUUACACUGGAAAUCAAAAAGGCUGCCAAACAAGGAAACAAACAGGCUGCAACUGUAUUGGCCAAGCAAUUGGUGAAUCUAAGGAAACAGAAGACACGGAUGUAUGGAGCAAGCGCCAGGGUCUCAUCCGUCAAUACACAGGCAAAGACAAUGCAGUCAAACAAAUCCAUGGCAGCAGCAAUGGGAAACACAACAAAGGCAAUGGGCGCAAUGAACAAAGCGAUGAGUCCUGAGAAGAUGAUGCAGGAUAUGAAGGCAUUCCAGAUGGAAUCAGACAAGAUGGCCAUGAAGGAGGAACUCAUGGAUGACACAUUGGACGCCAUGUUUGAGGAGUCAGGUGACGAGGAGGAGCAAGACGCCAUUGUCAGCCAGGUCCUUGAUGAGAUUGGCAUUGAAGUAUCUGGCAAGCUAACAGAUGCACCAACAGCCUCACAUUCAUUACCAGCGGGCCAAGAAAAGACGAAGGACGCAGCUGAUCAAGAAAUUGAGGCGCAAUUAGCCAGGCUUUUAAAGAAUUAGUAGAAUAGAGUUUAAUGGAUUGGUCUUGUAUAUAUUCCUUCUAACCCUCACCUUCUAAGAUCCUCCAGAAUCUGCCAGGAGGUUUUAGAGGAUCUAAGUCUCCUCAAAGAGCUUGAUGCUCAUUGAUAGCUAGGGUACAAUCUGCCAUUGGUUUUCUACAGAGUGGAGGAUUUGGGAGGAUUCAGAAAAGAUCCUGGCAAAUAUGCUUACUGUCUAAGGGGCAAUGGGCUGUACAAUGUGAAAUGUAGCUUAUAGAGUAUUUAAGAGGAGUUUAAUAGGGUGUGUAAUAUCCAGUGUUGUAGUACUCGUACUCUGUACUCGUACCCGAGUACUACUCAACUACUUUUUUUUGGAGUACUCGUUCUCGUACUCGUACUCGAAUGUC